GACCACCAUCGCGCAUAGUCAAGUUCAUCAGGCUACACAUUGAAUUCCAAUUGAUCAACCAAGCUUGAAGAUGACUAUUACCGAGCAGCACUACCUUCUAUGAGGUUGUAAAGCCGUCGACGUGAAACAGGAGCUUGGGAGUGCCGACCAACCAUGCCUCGCGAAGUGGAAAUCUCCAACAUCGAGCGAAAUUUUAUUCUAGAGGCCCUUGAACAAAGCGUCCGACUCGAUGGACGAUCUCUAGAUCAAGGCAGGAACAUUGAUUUGGAAUUCGGAGAUGAAUACGGAACCGUCACACUGAGACUCGGCAAGACCAGGGUCUUCGUACAGGUGUCUGCAGAAGUCACUAAGCCACAGGAAGAGCGAAAAUUCGACGGAAUCUUCACCAUCACUACGGAACUGAGCCCAAUUGCAUCUCCGGCAUACGAGAAUGGCAGGCAAUCUGAGCAAGAAGUGAUCCUCUCGCGUAUGCUGGAGAAGGCAAUCCGAAGGUCCAGAGCGAUCGAUACGGAGUCCUUGUGCAUCAUCGCCGGGGCCAAAUGCUGGUCGAUCAGGGCGGAUGUGCACGUACUCGACGCAGAUGGAGGACUGGUCGAUGCCUCGUGCAUCGCAAUCGUGGCGGCGUUGCGGCACUUCAAGAGACCCGACGUGUCUGUCGAUGGCGAAAAUGUCACGAUAUACACCAUGGCAGAGCGAGUGCCGGUCCCGUUGAGCAUCAUGCAUCACCCUGUCUGUAUCACGUACAGCUUCUAUCACGACGGCGAAGUCAUGCUACUCGACGCGACUCGUAGCGAGGAGGCAUGUCGGGAGGCGGAAGUGAUUCUCACGGUCAACGACUUUGAGCUAUGCCAGGUGGCGAAGUUGGGAGGGAGGCCGGUUGAUGCGCUCGUCCUUCUCAAAUGUAUCAACACGGCACUGACGAAGGGGCGCGAGAUCAACAGCAUUGUAGGAAAGAAGCUCGCCGAGGAUGCAACCAAGAGAGAUGUGGGAGGGCUGAUAGCAGAACUGAGGGCCGAGAAUGAGAGAUGAUGAAUUAAAUCCUUUGAUGGCGUACGGAAAUUUCUGUUGGAUUAAAUCCGGGAAAUGGACGGUGGGAUUGUUCAUUAUCUACUCUGCAAGGAGUCUUGAAUAUCGAGUACAGCCCUUGAU